AGCGCGACUAUUGUGUCUGGAAACAGCACCACCAUCAUCUUUUCCUCAGUUUCUGUGGAACACAUUAAACUGAAGCUCCAGGACACGUAGCUUUAUUUUCUACAAUUACAUCGAUCUGCUCCCUAAGCAGAUGGCGCAGAGUGGUAACAAGGGCCUUCAAUCAAGCCGAGGGGGCGUCACUAUGGCCGGAGAGACAGGACCUGGUGCAAUCAUGGAGGUCAGUCACUCUGUUAAGGAGAGAACAAUUGCUGAAAACAGCCUAGUAAUUCUUUUGCAGGGGUUGCAUGGACUUGUCACCACUGUUGACUUACGGAAUGAAAGCUCUGCUACGGGGAUAAUAUUAAAUGUAGAUGCUUUUAUGAAUAUACGCCUGAAAAAAGUUAUCUACACAGAUCGCCAUGGCCAGAAGGCUAAACUAGAUGACUUGUUUGUUACUGGACGCAAUGUGAGGUAUGUUCAUAUCCCUGAAGAAGUUGACAUAAUCCAUACUAUUGAAGAACAGCUGAAGAAGAUACAAAGUGUACGGGGGUUUGCAAAGGGAAGAAAAGAAUUUUCUUCAAAAAAGUCCAAGUGAUAUUAAUGAUUGACAGGGACCUUUAUUUCUCUCACUUAGUUUGCAACAGAGCUCUCCUUUUCAUGAGGUCUCUGCUUGGUGGUUGAAAGCUUCUGGAAUUUAGAUGCAUGUCCUUUUUGGAGAGGUGUGGGGUUUUUUCGUUUCCCUUUUAGCGAACAUGUGUAGCUUUACUCAUACUUCAAUAUAAAUAUAGUUCUCAUCUGUCAAUCUUGUUGGGUGUUUUAAUGUUCCAGAUAAGUGUGUCUUGUUUCUCUCUUUCUGUGAGAAUAAAAAAUACACUGCUCAAAAAACUAAAGGGAACACUAAGAUAACACUUCCUAGAUCUGAAUGAAUGAACUAAUCAUAUGAAAUACUUUCAUCUUUACAUAGUUGAAUGUGCUGACAACAAAAUCACCCAAAAUUAUCAAUGGAAAUCAAAUUUAUCAACCCAUGGAGGUCUGGAUAUGGAGUCACACCCAAAAUCAAAAUGGAAAACCACACUACAGGCAGAUCCAACUUUAAUGUAAUGUCCUUAAAACAAGUCAAAAUGAGGCUCAGUAGUGUUUGUGUCCUCUACGUGCCUGUAUGACCUCCCUGCAACACCUGGGCAUGCUCCUGAUGAGGUGACGGAUGGUCUCCUGAGGGAUGUCCUCCCAGACCUGGACUAAAGCAUCUGCCAACUCCUAGACAGUAUGUGGUGCAACGUGGCAUUGGUGGAUGGAGCGAGACAUGAUGCCCCCGAUGUGCUUAAUUGGAUUCAGGUCUGGGGAACGGGCAGGCCAGUCCAUAACAUCAAUGCCUUCCUCUUGCAGGAACUGCUGACACACUCCAGUAGAGGUGCUCCGG